UCGCCACGGCUGGCCAUGUCCACGGGCGACUCUCCCUCCGGCUCCGGCUCCGGCGGCCGCCCGCUCCUGACCGACAGCGAUUGGGACGGAUCCAGCCGGGAGGGCUCCCCCGACGCCGACGCCGACGCCGCCUCCCCAUCGGGAGAGGCCUUGCGCACCGCCGCCGACGCCGGCUGGUGGCUGGGCGAGAUCGAGCGCCAGCGUGUGCGCCUCGUGCGGGACUGGGUCCACAUGGCCGCCCGCGAAGGCGGAGACGACCACCACCAGCCGCCGCCGUCAGCAGCCGGCCUCCGGAUCCGCGGCCGCCAGGCACGCCUCGAGCUCGUCAUGCGCCUCGCUGCCGACCGCCACGCCGAGCUCCAGCGCCUGGCCCUGCGCCGCCCCGUCUCCGGCUUCCCCCACCGCAACCGGAUCCACGCGCUGCUCCGGGGGAGGUUCCUGCGGAAUGGCGGCCUGCCAGAGGAGGCCAGUAGACUGCCGUCGGUAGCCGCAAGGGAGCUCGGCCAGCUGCGGCAGCGCCACCCUGUCUCGGGUCUCAGAUUGGAUAAUCUGGUACGAGGUCAAGCAGCCAGCCUGUCGGGUUCAUCUUCAGCUCAAACUGCUACCAAUGACCAUUCUGAAUCAACACGUCCUGCUUCUGAAGAUUCCCAGGACACACAUCAACAGGCAAGCGAGAAUGUUGAUCUUCAGAUAAUUCAAGGUACAGCAACAGCAUCAGAUUAUGGAAGUAUUACUGAAGGCUUGUCGGAACCUCAUAGUCAGGAGGAGAGUUGGCAGGAAGAUCUUGAGGUGGAUAGAGGACGAGACUGGGAACAUUUUUCCCAUGCUAUUGCUACAGGGGAGGUAUCCGGAAGAAAUUGGCAUGACAGCAGUUCGUCUGAUGAGAGGACAGAGGUUGGAGAUCACCAAAAUGCGUCUCUUCUGGAAACAAGUGACGAGUCAACUAGUCUUGCUGAAGAGCAGCUUGCUGUUAACCAUCUUCCUCAAGUGCUUGAAGAGCUUCAUAGCAAUAAUCAUCACCUUCAAGAACCGCGUGAAGAGUGGAACGAGGACAACGAUCCUGCAGAAGAGUGGCAGAGCGAUGACCAUUUUCCACAAGUAAACGAAGUGUGGCAUGAGGAUAAUGAGUCCAAUGACACUGCACAUAAUUGGCACGAUGAUAAUUCAGACCAACCAGCUGACCCGGAAUCUUCGCGUAUCAGAAGAGCUAACACAUUCACCCCCGGUGACGACGAUAACGUGUACAGCACGGAGCUAAGGGAGCUUCAUAGCAGGCGGAGUGUUUCUACUCUUCUCGAUAGUGCUUUCCGUGAGAACCUAGACCGACUUAUCCGUUCAUACGUUGAACGACAAGGUCGUGGUCCCCUCUCUUUGCAUCUGGAAGGAACGCAUGCGGCGGCAGCCCUUGACCCUCCGGUGUUGCAAGGACAAGAGCAACAGCAUGGAGAUGACGAGGAGGAACAGGAACUUCGUGAUGCUACUAAUGUCAGGCCUCGUUUAGCUAUCCCACCUCCACCUAUGCCUCCUCGUCAACCGCUUUGGCAUUCGGAGUUGCAUCAUAACAACUGGAUCAGGCAGAACAUACACCGUUCUGAUAUUGAAUGGGAGGCUAUCACCGACCUAAGGGCUGACAUGGCCAGACUCCAGCAAGGCAUGGGCCACAUGCAACGGAUGCUUGAAGCCUGCAUGGAUAUGCAGCUUGAGCUGCAGCGUUCUGUAAGGCAGGAGGUCUCCGCAGCCUUGAACCGCUUCAUCGGGGAGCGAGCAGAAAGCAGAGAAACCAUAGAUGACGGAUCAAAAUGGAUUAAUGUGAGGAAAGGCACCUGCUGCGUAUGCUGUGAUACUCCAAUCGACUCUCUUUUGUACAGAUGCGGACACAUGUGCACGUGCUCCAAGUGUGCGAACGAGCUGGUCCGGAGUGGUGGGAAGUGUCCGCUAUGCCGCGCGCCUAUAAUCGAGGUGAUCCGAGCUUACUUCAUCAUGUAGGUGUAGAAUAUACGACGAGGAGGAAAGGAAGAAGGAUGGAAGCUUGGUGGCAGCAGCAUGAUAAGAUAUAUAACCCAUAAUCCCCAUAUGAUUGUUCGAGUUCUUUUGACACAUUGGUUGGUUGGCUGGUGUGCGUGUGUAUGUGUAUACAUCUUGUUCUCCCCAAUGUGUUUUUUCCCAGGUGGAGUGUAAUCGUGUAAGUAUAAGUUUUGUUGGGUGGGUUUCACUAAUUUCUGUAUGAGUUUUCUGGUUCUUGCAAAGAAAGUUGGCCUGGCGAGAUUGCUCCUCUGAAAAACAUGCGUGUGACAAUAGCGUCCCGGUUGUUCUGAAAUGAGAUUCAUGUCAGGAAAGAUUCAUUGUUCAAA